AUGACGUCAAAGGAAAAACAGGAAGAUGAUGAUUUAUAUGAGAAUUCAUACAAACUUGAACCCGAUGGUAAAUUCCAAUCGGACAAAAUAAAUAGUGUUAUUCAAGAGAUUUUGAAAAAUGAACUAGUGGAUAAGACAUAUAAGCCAGAAAUUUGUGUAGGUCAAUCAAAAUUACUAGCAGAAAAAAUCAAACAAGCAGUCAAAGCUCAGGGUUUUAAAAAAUACAAACUGGUAGUAGUGGUAUCGAUAGGAGAAAAUGAAGUCAGUCCGUCAGUGUCUUUCUCAAGUCAAUGCAUAUGGAAUGCAAGUGUGGACAAUUAUUCAGAAAAUUCGUAUUUUAAUAACUCACUUUAUGCUAUUGGAAGGGUGUUUGCAGUUUCUAUAGACUGA